UUCGUGAAGAAGUUAAUAACCUAGAACAACAGAUUUCUCAUUGCAUAAAACGAUAUGUACAUCUUGGUUUUGAUGUAACAAAUGGUGAAAAUAUAGAAAAAGCAAUGCAAAAUCUUAAAUGGACUUGGCCAAUUGAGGGCUAUAUGCAGGAUUUAUAUGCUCAUACCCAUUACCUGGUUUUGGAAAGACAAAUUACACAGAUCUAUAAAUUGUUAAAAUCAGAUAUUGAGCAACCACAGCCUGAAUAUUCAAAUCAUACUAUAUCUCAAGGAAUCUGGAUCAUGCCUGAUUUGAGACGGUGGACUACGGCUAAGUUACAUGAAGAAUUAGAGAAUCUUGAUAUUUUUGUUGAUAAAAAUACACCUAGAGAUGAAUUAAUAACUGUUUUAAAAACAAACCUAUGCUUAAAAACUUUGGACAACCUGGAAAAUAAUAACACCAGUAUGGAGAAUGUAGUAACUGAAAAUAUCGAUUUGAUGGAUAUUGACAAAGCACCAAAUAUUAUUUUAUUCUCAUUACCUCUUGGUUGGGCAUUAAGACACAAUCAAAAAUAUGAAAAAAAAGAGAAAAAAGAUUAUCAAAAGACAUGGUAG